GAUCGCUUCCGCCGAGCGCCGCAUUGCGAUCGUCCAACAAGCUAAAUGUUUUAGGGUUUAAGCAGAGAUUUAGGGUUCUUCGAUGGAGGCUCCAGUGAAUAACAUCAUCUGCGUGUUCGUGAAUGCCGAUGGCAAGGCGCUCGAGCGCUUGGAUGUGCCACAGAAUCUCACGCCGAAGGAGCUCCAGACGCUCAUCAACACUGUUCUCCACAAUGAAGAGCCGCUCCCAUACGCCUUUUAUAUUAACGAUCUCGAGCUCGUUGGACAGCUCGGAGAACACGUACUUCGAAACAAAGUAUCUGUGGAGAAGGAUCUGCAGAUAGUUUACCACCCGCAAGCCAUCUUCCGGAUCCGUCCGGUUACGCGUUGCUCAGCGACCAUCUCAGGCCACAGCGAGGCAGUUUUGUCCGUGUCAUUCAGCCCUGAUAGCAAGCAUCUUGCCAGUGGUUCCGGAGAUGCAUCUGUUCGUUUCUGGGACAUUUCUACUCAAACACCUCUUCAUACAUGCAAAGGUCAUAAGAACUGGGUUCUUUGCAUUGCGUGGUCUCCCGAUGGCAGAAAACUUGUUAGUGCGAGCAAAGAUGGUGGCAUCCAUGUCUGGGAUCCGUUUACUGGAAAAGCAUUGGGAAAUUCGCUCAGUGGGCACAAGAGCUGGAUUACAGCGCUGACUUGGGAACCAGCUCACAUACAAUCCCCUUGCCGUCGCUUCGCUAGUGCAAGCAAAGAUGGAGAUGUUCGUGUUUGGGAUUCUUCCUUAAGGAAAUCUGUUCUUUGCCUCUCGGGACAUACACGGGCUGUGACUUGCGUAAAAUGGGGAGGCGAUGGAUUGAUUUACUCAAGCUCACAGGACUGUACAAUCAAGGUCUGGGAGACAACUCAAGGAAAACUCGUCAGAGAAUUAAAGGGUCAUGCUCACUGGGUUAACACAUUAGCAUUAAGCACGGAGUAUGUUCUAAGGACUGGACCAUUCGAUCACACAGGAAGAGCAUUUGCAACAGACGAAGAGAUCAAAGAGGCCGCGUUUAAAAGAUACAAAGUCGCCAAAGGUGAUUCCCAAGAAAGGCUCGUUUCAGGCUCGGACGAUUUUACAAUGUACCUAUGGGAACCUGCAACUGGCAAGCAUCCAAAGACGCGUAUGUCUGGCCAUCAACAGCUUGUCAAUCACGUCUACUUCUCGCCUGAUGGCCGGUGGAUUGCCAGUGCAUCCUUUGAUAAGUCCGUCAAGCUUUGGAAUGGAUACACCGGAGAGUACGUCACAACUUUCCGCGGACAUGUCGGUCCGGUUUAUCAGAUAAGUUGGUCGGCUGAUAGCCGGCUUUUACUAAGUGGAAGCAAGGAUUCUACGUUGAAGGUGUGGAACAUGAGAAACCAUAAACUUCUGGAGGAUCUUCCGGGUCAUGCCGACGAGGUUUUCGCCGUGGAUUGGAGCCCCGACGGCCAAAAAGUCGCAUCGGGUGGAAGGGAUCGAGUGCUCAAGCUGUGGAUGAACUGAACAGACCAGAUGUGCGAUGGCGAACAGAAUCGCCAAGCGAUGAGCGUGUGUGAUUGAGAGUAUCUUCGCAUAUCCUUUCUGGAAUAUCCACUACUGCACUUCUUUUCUCU